AUGUUACUAGUCGUGGAUCAAGCAACGGCCGAAGAUCGCACCGAGAACUCAAACCAUCACCAGCCUCAGUGGCCGUUGAGGUUGAGGCGGAUGAUGAUAGUUUCCAGAGAGAAAUCCGAGAUUCACCCGUUGGCGAACAAAAUCACAUCCCUUUGUCCAGGGGUCUGUCUAGCUGCACGGACGCAUAAUUCAUCCCGAAAAAGAAAAGACAAGAAAAAGUUACAUCCGCUUCGAACAGUUCUGACUCAGGAACUCUCAGUUAGUGGCCCUUUAGAACAUUGUAACGUUACACUUAGCCCAGCAGAUCCGGAAAUCAGCCGCACCGUAGCUCGAGCCCGGGUCAAAGGAUACUACCAACGGAGGGCGAACUAUCUGAAACAGCGUCGUUCAUUGUGGACGAAGAUCCCAUCCACCAAUUUCAACGCUUGUGCUGCCAAGUGUGGAGGGAGGCUUAGCGUGGUCUUCAACCCAGUGGAUGUGCGGGUGCUGCCCGGUCAUGGCUGUGGCAGUGACCUGCGUCUCUCGGGACAACAGGGGAAAACAAUGCCAUAACUAGUGAUGGCAGUUGAGCAAAUACUUGUCGUAAUCUGUAUAUGCGAUGUUGUAGCCAUACAAUAGCCAUAUCUCAUUUGCUAUCAAUAAUGCCUGUGCUCGUCAACCCCGGAAAGGGGUUACUGCCGAUCCGUAUUUGAGGAAAGGGCUGGAAAAAAGCAAACAUGCGAGCUGCAGGAACGCCGGGUACAGAACGGGAAUAAGCAAUCUGGAGCCGUUAGCCGUGAAAACUGGAAUUGAGACCUGUUCAGUGAGACGGCGCAUAGUAGUUUUUCAUGAGAUCGGCGACGAUGCCAAUUUCGUCCUGUUUGCC